ACGCCAAGACAGACCGCUGCCGCCGAAUUUAAAGAGACAGGCAAUAGUUAUUUUAAAUACGAUAAACGGCAACCAUUGUCCCUUUGCUCAUCUCCCGAAGCUUCCUGCUGAAGAUUGUUUAAUUCGAUGGUGAUGUUUCAUGAAAGUCGCAGCGAGUAGAAGCUUGUCUGUCAUCACCAUCCACUCUGCUGGAUUUUCCGUCCUUUUUUGCGCUGUGCCGAGACUGUCCAGCCAGGCAAAGUAGGGUUGCUUGCUGGCAGACUGGCUUCCCGACCGAGAGGAAGGUUUGUCGGCUAGCCAACAACUGGAGGUAACACCGAAGCUUCCCUCUCAAGUUGUGGUAGUGGCUCUCAAGCCUCCUGUCGCCGGGAUAAUGGCGAAGAUUCAGGCACACAGCACCGCGAAGCAAAUAAACCAAAUCCAAGACAAGCCUUACGUUAUAACGCAAAAGCAAGUGCAGCAGCAGCACUUCCAGAAACUGAAGGUCGAAGAUGCCUUGUCAUACCUGGACCAAGUAAAGAUACGUUUUGCAAAUGACCCUGGCAUAUACAACAAGUUUCUAGAUAUCAUGAAAGAGUUCAAGUCACAGAGUAUCGACACACCAGGCGUGAUAAACCGAGUGUCUCAGCUCUUUCACGGACACCCAGACCUAGUAUUAGGCUUCAAUGCCUUCCUACCACCAGGAUAUCGGAUAGAGGUCCCCAAGAAUGGAGUGGCUUUCCUCCAAUCUCCGUUCUCCCCGCAGGUUUCUCCAGGCCAGCAGGGAAAGAGUCUCACCACUUCUGCAGUGACCACAACCUCAGGUAGUGCCUCUGUAGCUCCAACCGAGACUGGACUUGCUCAGACGACUGAAGUGAAGACAGCCUCAGCAGACUCUAUAACUUCCUCGACCCCAGCAGGACUCCCAGAACCCCCCAGCAGGCUUUCUCUUCCUCUGAUGAGCAGAGAAAGUCAGAAUCAGGCAACCACCUCAUCUGUUUCACCGCCGGCCUCAGAGACAAGCCCUGUAGAGUUUGACAGUGCCAUCAGCUACGUAAACAAGAUCAAAAACCGUUUCCUGGAUCAUCCCGAGAUCUACAGAGCCUUCCUAGAGAUUCUUCAUACCUACCAGAAGGAGCAGUUAGAGGUCAAGGAGAGCCGAGGCAGCCGAGGUAGCAGUGGGAUGACAGAGGAUGAGGUGUUUUCCAAAGUUGCCAGUCUCUUCAAGGGACAAGAAGACCUGCUUGCUGAAUUUGGACAGUUCUUACCUGAUGCCAAGAGAUCACUGUUCACAGGGAGCUCACUAACAGGAGGGAAAGAGCAGUUAAAGAGGCCGGAGGAUGAGGACACAGUAUCCAAACAGAACAAAAAGAGGCCUCGGCCCAUUCUACUGCAGCACAUGUCCCCACUACUAAAGAAAAAAAUGAAGUAUUCCUGUACCAAAGAUCAGUCCUUUGCUUCAGUUGGGAAACACGGAGUCUUAAGAGAAUUUUCCUUCUUUGAUAAGGUUCGUCGCCUGUUUAAAAGCCAGGAAGUGUAUGAGAACUUCCUGCGUUGCAUCGCCUUGUUUAACCAGGAAGUAGUUUCAGGAGCGGAGCUGCUGCAGCUUGUCACUCCUUUCCUGGGGAAGUUUCCUGAACUGUACACACAGUUCAAGUCAUUUCUGGGGGACAAAGAGCUCUCUCAUGCUGUGUCAGGGCUGUCAGAUCGCUACAUGGAAGGGGGAGGGGGCCGGGAAGUGGAUUACGCCUCCUGCAAGCGCCUUGGGUCCAGCUACAGAGCUCUGCCCAAGACCUACCAGCAGCCUAAAUGCAGCGGACGCACCGCCUUAUGCAAAGAGGUGUUGAACGACACCUGGGUGUCAUUCCCCUCUUGGUCAGAGGACUCCACCUUUGUCAGUUCCAAGAAGACUCCUUAUGAGGAACAGCUGCAUCGCUGUGAGGACGAGAGAUUUGAGUUGGAUGUGGUUCUGGAGACAAACCUGGCCACCAUCAGAGUGCUGGAGAGCGUCCAGAAGAAGCUCUCCCGUCUUUCUCCUGAGGACCAAGACAGAUUCAGAUUAGACGACUGCUUGGGCGGCACCUCUGAGGUCAUUCAACGCCGUGCUGUGUAUCGAAUCUAUGGGGAUAAAGCCCCCGAGAUCAUUGAGGGACUGAAGAGAAGCCCUGCUACUGCUGUGCCUGUUGUGCUCAAGAGAUUAAAAGCCAAGGAGGAGGAGUGGAGAGAGGCUCAGCAGGGUUUCAAUAAGAUCUGGAGGGAACAGUAUGAGAAGGCGUACCUGAAGUCCCUUGACCACCAAGGAGUCAACUUCAAACAGAACGACAUGAAGGCCCUCCGAUCCAAGAGUCUUCUCAAUGAGAUUGAGAGUGUCUAUGAUGAGCGACAAGAGCAGAGCACAGAAGAGGGCGGUGUUGGACAGCAGGGCCGUAACGGCUCUGGUGCAGCCUCAACGAGUGAGCCUCACAUGGUGUUUACGUAUGAAGACAAGCAGAUCCUGGAGGAUGCUGCGUCACUCAUCAUCUAUCACGUCAAACGCCAACCUACCAUCCACAAAGACGACAAGGACCACAUCAAGCGCAUCAUUCAGCACUUUGUCCCUGACCUGUUCUUCUCCCGCCGUGGCGAGCUCAGCGACACUGAAGACUGGACUGAUGAGGAGGCUGAGCCUGAGGAAGGGGGUGAGAGAGGAGGUGGGGGAGGAGGAGGUGGAGGUGGAAAUGGAGCAGCACCAGCAGCAGUAGGAGGAGGAGGAAAUGGUAAUUCAAAUAAUCAACCAGGAGGAGCAGCACCAGCAGCCACAGGAGGUCAGUCUCAACUCCAACCUGCCCCAUCACAGUCCCAGAUCCUGUCCCAACCUCAGCAGCAGCAGCAGCAGCAGCAGCUAAACGGGGAAUCCAGACGGAGGCGCUGUAGCCCAUCUCAAACCGCAGACACAGAAGCUUCCACCACCUCCAGUAGCAUGAGCCAACCUGCAGGCACCAACACAUCCACACCUGGAUCAACGCCAAUGGAGACAAGCUCAGGUGUACCUGGGGAGAAGGUGGACCUGCGCGACCCCGAAGCAGAGCACCAGAAAGAGCUGGACGGUGUCUACAACCUUUUCUUUGUCAACAACAACUGGUAUUUCUUCCUGCGGCUGCAUCAGACCCUGUGUUCACGGCUGUUACGGGUUUACCGACAAGCAGAGCGGCAGCUGCUCGAGCACCGGGCGGAGCAGAGCCGGGAGAGGCUGCUGAUGGCGGAGGGGAGGAGGGAAAAGGCAUGUGACCUCGCCAUGGAGCUCCGCCUCAAACAGCCCAGUGAAGUAGAGUUAGAAGAGUACUACCCAGCCUUUCUGGACAUGGUGCGCAGCCUCCUGGAUGGAAACCUGGACUCUACACAGUAUGAAGACACUCUCAGAGAGAUGUUCACUAUCCAUGCCUACAUCGGUUUUACCAUUGAUAAGGUUAUCCACAACAUCAUUCGGCAGCUGCAGCACCUGGUAAGUGACGAGGUGUGCCUGCAGGUGGUCGAUCUUUACCUUGCUGAAAGGAAGAGGGGUGCAGCGGGGGGCAACCUGUCCUCACAGUGUGUCAGAGCAGCCUGGGAGACGAGCUAUCAGUGGAAGGCAGAGAGAGUUAUGGCUGAGGAGAACUGCUUUAAGGUGAUGUUCCUCCAAAACAAGGGUCAUGUGACAAUGACCAUCGAACUCCUGGACACUGAGGAAGCUCAGGCUGAUGACCCAUUAGAUGUUCAGUGCCUGUCAAGCUACAUGGAGCAGUUUGUAGGAACAGAGUCAAGUCUAUGUUCUCAAGUAGAGGGCUACUUCUUCAAACCCGUAUUUCUGCCCAGGAACCUGCGUCGUUUCCGGCGCUGGCAGGUGCGGCAGGUGGAGGCCAUGCGCUGCAGGAGAGAGUGGCACCGCAAGCUGGGUGUGGAAAACGCUGGGAGUCUGGACUGUCGAUUUAAACUCAACACUCACAAGAUGGUGUUUGUGAUGAACUCUGAGGAUUACAUGUACCGCAGAGGAGCACUGGUCAAAGCCAGGAAGUCACAGCACAGAGUGGCAGCAGGCCAGCACGACCGCUUUGACAAGUGGCACCAGGGCUGGCUGGCCAAUCACGUCACGUCGUCAGCAAAACGCUCGGUGCAGAACUGGCUCAUGGGAGAGGAGGAGGAGGACAUGAUCCCCUGCAAGACUACCUGCCUGUCAACUGAGGUGAAAGGGCAAACGGUGAACAGAUACCAAGUUCAUUACAGCAGUAGCAAAGCCCCAGCCUCACCGUAGAGGCCUGCAAAGAGAGACACAGUACGUUCCCACACAGACACACAGGUAAAUGCAUGGACAUACAGAACUUCAUACACUAAACACAGACAUGAACAGCUGCAGUCUCUACCUUCCUCAUAAUGUUCACUCAUUCACCUCCACUGAUGGCUGAAGAAACUGGAGUGAGUGGGUGCACAGCGACUGAUGAUGUGGAGAAAAAGGACAAACAGACAGUGAAGUAAUCAAUGAAAGUGAACUCAGCCCUGACUGAUAGGAUGAGUUGGACACCACGGCACAGACGUCAGCAGCAUCAUCAUCAUUAUUCUAGCUUCUCUGGUGGCACUAAACAAUGAUGGGACUGACGGACACAGAUGAUUGAUCAGGUGAGAAGUUCUGUGAUCAUGGAAUUUGUUUCAGAAAUGUGAAUGUCUGUUUCUUUUUCUUUAUUAUUUUUUUAAAGUCAAGUGUAGUUUUUAGCUUCUAAAGCCAGAGAGCCUUCUGUUUGUUGGUUGGUUGGUUUCUGUGUGUUUAUAUGGAGAGAUAAUGGUAAACGUGUGUAUGUAUGUGUAUCCUGCUCUUCAUUUUGUCUGUUUGUAUGCUCAGUGCAGGCUCCACAACUCUAGUAAUUACUGUAUGUGCAUAUAUACAACAGGGAUCCUGCGCUUUUAUAUAUGCAUCUACACGAGUUGAAUGAAGCAUCUUAAGAUCAUGUGGUUCUUUACAGUGUUUGCUGUCAGCCAACUCUUGAUGUUUGCAUUUUGGGUUUUUUGUAUUUUUUUCCUUUUUUUUGUGUUGUAGCUAUACAAGAUAUCACCAGGCAACAAGGAGUCCUUAAAAUUAAUCGGUUUAAUAUGGAUGAAGCAGUCAAAUCAUGUAUCAUAUUCAUGAUACUAAAUGUUUACUUUGUAUUGUCUUUUUUUGCAUACUGACAUUGAAAAUAAAGCAAAAUAUCAGUGUUAAAAUAGAAUGUAUAACAUUUAUCCUGUAUCAGUUAUCACAAAAUAAACAACC